UCCCGGAAUCAGCGCAGCAUCUAAAACGUCCCUCCAUCCCACAUUCUCCAAAUAUUUGACAUUUUCUCAAAGAGAAGGAUCGUUAAAAGCGCAUGAUCACCAACGAAGACGACGUGUCUGCAAUCGACAGCAACGCUUCCCUUUGCUCAAAGGAAAUAAUACUGUCUUCAACAUCUGCUUCAAUUUCAAAAUUAAAGCCUUCAUCAUCAUGUUCAUUUUGUCGUGCUUGUUCGUUGUACUGGUCGUAGCCAGUUUAGGCUGAGAGACUGAGUGAGACUGGAGGAGAGAGCAGUCGUUGCACCAUACCCGACCCUCGCGCUCGGACCCAUACAUACUGAUAAAUACUUCCAACUUGUGUUACCAUCUCAUGGACAGCUAUUCUUACUCUAUGUCCUAGCUGGAGGAAUUAAUUACUGGGCCUUGUUGACUUAAAUGGUGGCUCGCCAUCUCGAGAGGAAGUAAAUAAAUGUGUUACUGAAUGCUGAAGCUCAUGUGAUUUAUUGGGAAGAUGGCUUCGGCUUCAGCAGAUGGAGAGGAUGAGGUUUCUUUCUUAAGAAUUGGCGACCAGUUGUGCCUUGUGUGUUCCACGCAGGGUAAAAGCAAAGAUGGCACCUCUUCCCACGUUCUUCUUGCUGGCGAGGGAUUCGGAAGUAGGAAGUGUUUUCUGGAAGACACUUGUAAUCCGAGUGUUCCUCCAGAUUUGUCCAUCUGUAUGUUUGUUCUUGAGCAGGCUCUAUCAGUACGAGCGCUACAAGAAAUGGUCAUGGCUGACACCGUGGAAGUGGGUCAAGCUGGUCAUCGCACACUGCUUUAUGGUCACGCAAUCUUACUACGACACUGCCUUAGUAACAUGUACCUUGCAUGUCUUUCGACAGUCUCCUCUUCAGACAAGCUAGCCUUUGAUGUCGGUCUUCAGGAAUCCUUACAAGUCUUUGGCAUGGAUUGCAUCGGAAUGGGUAAUAAGUGUCAACGAGUGAACCAGGGGCGAGACUGUAUGUUUGAAGGUGACGGUCUAGCGUCUUGGGCUCUGGGAUUGUGUACACUUGUAUCUCAUGUGUCUUCAGUGACAUUCACUAGAUGA